GAGAUAUUUUUCUGAAAGGAGGCAAGCGCAAGGAUGUGGCCCAUACUGUUUUUGCUACUUGGAGCUCAUCUUGCCUAUGCUGGCAAGCAUUUCCACACUGUUAUCUACACAGCAACUAAGGGGAUGCCAGGUUUUCCAGAAUUCGUGGCUGCAACAAUGGUUGAUGGGACACAGGUCAACUACUAUGAUUCUGAGAUUAAAGAAGUUAUUCCCAGACAAGACUGGGUUAGAGGAGCUGUGGAUGAACAGUUCUGGCAAAGAAACACACAAAUUCGAUCAAAUAUGCAUCAGGUGUUCAAAACCAACAUAAAUACCGUAAUGGAACGUUUUAACCAAACACAAGGUGUGCACACAUACCAGGAAAUGUACGGCUGUGAGUGGGAUGAUCAGACUGGAGCAACAAAUGCAUUCAAACAGUUUGGAUAUGAUGGAGAGGACUUUGUGUCUCUGGAUUUUAAGGAGCUGAGAUAUAUUUCUCCAGUGCAGCAAGCAAUCCUCACUGUACAGAAGUGGAACAAUGACAAAGGCUUGAUUGAGAAUGACAGAAAUUACUUCAGCACUGAGUGCAUCGAGUGGCUGAAGAAGUAUGUGCAGUAUGGAAAGAGCAGUCUGCAGAAAACAGUCUCUCCUCAGGUGUCUCUGCUGCAGAAGUCUUCCUCGUCUCCAGUCACGUGUCAUGCUACAGGUUUUUACCCCAGUGGAGUAACAAUCUCCUGGAUGAGAAACGGACAAGAUCAUGAUGAGGAUGUGGAUCUCGGUGAACUUCUAUCCAAUGAAGACGGGACCUUUCAGAAGACGAGCACCCUCAAUGUUAAACCUGAUGAGUGGAAGAAGAACAAGUUCAGCUGUGUGGUGGAGCAUCAGGGCAAGACCAAGACAGCGAAUGAGAUCAGGACUAACCCAGGAGAGUCUGUUCCCAUCGGCAUCAUUGUCGGUGCUCUUGCUGCUGUUGUUCUGCUGGUGGUCAUUGGUGUUGCUGGAUAUAUGGUGUAUCAGAAGAAAAAAGGCUUUAAACCUGUCAGCGGCUCUGAUGACGGCUCAAACAGCUCGGCUCAUACAGUUCCACAAGCAUAAAGAUGUAGGAGACCAGACAUGUGAGAGAUGAAGAGAGAUGAAACUUUUCCUGCUGGCUUAGAAAACUGCACAUAAACACAAACGCUCUCUCUCUCUCUCUCUCUCUCUCACACACACACACACACACACACACACACAAUCAAAGAUUUCUGGGAAUGAUCUGUCUUAUAUAUUAAUUACAUCAAAAAAGUAAUGUUUUUGUUUCUUCACACUUGCUGAUCAUCUUAUAGUUUUCAGUUUAUUAACUUGUUGAUUGUUAAAAAUGCAGAAAUAUGAGAUGUUUGUCACAGAAGCUAAAUUGUAAAAUGUAUAUAUUUCUCUUCAGUGACAGAAAACAACGAAUACAAAUGAUUGGUUUGCAAGGCUGUUUGAUUUGUAGGAUCUAGGACAGAUUGAUUUGUAGGGUUAUGAUGCAGUACUCUCCAUGAAAAAGGAGCUGAAAUGUGUAUAAUCGAUGUAAACAUCUGGGUACAACAGCCUCUCUCAGUCUAAGAAGAUAAAUCUGUUUAUAUGUAGUUUCUAGAGACAAUUUCUGUGGGAGAAAUUAUGGAAAACUAGUUGUUUAUCGACUGCAACAUUUAAAUAACUUUAAGUUGAAAUGAUCUAGAUUUGAUGAUGUGUGGAACUGGGCUUUUCCUUCAGUUAAAUGACAAUCAGUAUGCUUUAUUUUAUUCCUUGUAUGGGAUUAUUGGGCUUUUUCUGUUUUUACAUUCUUAUUUGUUUUAAAUGAUUUAGAUGAUAAGCUGUACUCCAGAAUAGUUAGAUAAUACUCCAGAACAGAUGAUGUUAUUAAACAUUAACAUCUGAACAGUACAGUAAAAUACAUAUUUCCUUUAUUUGAGGUUAGUAAAGAUUAACGUUGAAUGUGAAGUUGAAUUAACAUGAAUGUGGAUGUAAAUUGGUUGCCUUAAAAAUUGUAAUGUUGAUUCUUUAAAGAAAAUAAACCUCACAGAAAGGAGCAAGUGGUGAA